AUGCUCGAUAAUCUUCCUGGACGACAACCAUCCCAAAAAGCGGAAGUAAUUCUGAACCAACCGGUAGCCUCCUGUUCACCCGAACCAGAAGAAUUCUUGUUUGAAAGACCCGGGAUGAAAGAUAUCACUUGGUUGAAGGGUGAUUUUGAAGAAAUGCCUAAACAAUUUCCUCAGCCAGAUUACACUAGAUAUGACAACAUGAGUUACAUCGAUAUUUUUGAAUCUUUUUUGGAUGAAGAUAUAAUACAACUACUUGUUGAUGAAUCGAAUAAAUAUGCACUUUUCUGCAACAAACCUCAUCCGAAUAUAAGUGAAGAUGAAAUGAAAUGCGUUAUUGCAAUUCUGAUAGUAACAGGCUAUAAUGAAUUACCUGGAAGCGAGCCUGGAAGAGACUAUUACUGGGAUUCGAAAGCAGAUAUGAAAAAUGCGUUAGUAUGUGAUUCUAUGAGGCGGGACAGAUUCAGGCAGAUCAAAUAUUUGCAUUGUAGCGACAAUACAAAACCCCAUUUGGAAGAUAAAAUGUGGAAACUACGUCCACUCAUGGACCUUUUGAAACGUAAGUUCAUCGAUAAUUGGAUUCCUGAGCAACAGUUGGAUUAUGACGAAUCCAUGAUCAAAUAUUUUGGAAAGCAUUCCUGUAAACAGCUUAUACGUGGGAAACCCAUCAGGUUUGGAUACAAGAUGUGGUGUCUCAAUUCCACUUCUGGCUACCUUGUCAAUUUCGAUUUGUACCAAGGCAAAAAUCCACGUGGGAAUUCUAAAUAUGAGGUCCAAUUCGGAAAAUGUGCUGCCCCUUUGAUAAAUAUGAUCGAUGAAUUUCCAGAACAUUGCAAACAUCUUCCAAUCAAGUUUUAUUUCGAUAAUCUUUCCACAAGUUUUAAUUUGCUAUAUUAUCUAAAACAGAAAGGUUAUGAUGGAACCGGCACGAUGAGAGAGAAUAGAAUUCCCAAAAGUUGCAACUUACCCCCAAAAAAAGUAAUGAGUAAAACGAAAAAGAGGGGAGACUUAGUCAGUGCUAUUGACAGAGAAGAUGGAAUUCUGAUCACUAAAUGGAUGGAUAAUAAUGUAGUCAUAGUAGCAUCUACAUGUCAUGGUAUCAAUCCAGUUACUCAGGCCAAGAGAUAUUCUCAAUCAGAGAAAAAAAUCAUCCAGGUAUCCCAACCAAAACUUAUAACAGAGUACAAUGAAUGCAUGGGUGGCACAGAUUUUAUGGACCAACAAAUUUCCAGGUACAGAAUCUCUUUACGUAGAAAAAAGUGGUGCAGGUCAAUAUUCACUUGGCUCCUUGAUGCAGCUGUAGUGAACGCUUGGAUCACAUCUAAAAGAUGCAAACAUCUUCCACCACUAAGUCAACUAGAAUUUAGGAGAGAAAUAGCCCAAGCAUAUCUCUCCAAAUUUGGCUCAGUACCUAAGGGAGCAGGGAGACCUUCUACAACUGGGUCAAGUACCUCAAAUAACAGAGUAUCUGACAAUUUGAGAUAUGACAGGAUGGAUCAUUUACUCACCACCAUCCCCAAUAAUAAGAGACGUCGUUGCGCUGAGGAAGGAUGUACAUCCAGUGUACGUUUCAUGUGCCUAAAAUGUGAUGUGGGACUCUGA